AGUACUGCGCAUAUCUAACGCCACUUUCACCCUCUGCAUAACUGCAUCACCGUACUGCCUGCGCACGUGUAGCGCAUCUCCCACCCUCUGUAUACAGCAGAGUCCGCGUGCGCGAGACACUGGAUACGUCACUCACGCGCCAACAACAUACGCUGUACCAACAUAGACUAUUUUUAAUAAUCAGAUCAGAUUUAGCCUGUUUUCAAAAAGAAAGUAAAUGUUGCAGGCAACACGAUAAUAAUCAGUUAAUGCUGUAGAAUGCAUACCAGUGUCAAAAAUGUCAAAGCAUCCAAAUCUUCCAAGAAGUCCAGCACUCAGACAACUAUCAGCAGAUUCUUUACAAGUGGAAACGAUAAAUCUCAACCAUCUGACCCGUCCGGGAUUAAACGCCAGGACGGACGCCAUGAGGGCAGAGGAAAGAAGAGGUUAUCUGAUGCAGGGAUGUCCUCAGAGAAACGGCCCAAACUCUCUCUCGGUGUGGAGGAGGAGGGAGAUGAGAAGUGCACGGUGACCCCCAGCACCUAUAAGACUGUAUGCUCGAAAGCCAGUGUCAGCCAUGCCACCCUGGCGAGACUUAAAGAUUUCAGCUGCCACGGGAGCUCAGAGAGCAGAGUCUCCGAUCAGGUUAUAAAGAUGGAAGUGGAGCCUUCAGACUCUGCAAAAGCUGAGUGUUUUGCCCCGCAACAACACAGUGUAAUCAAUUCCUACAAUGAAUUGGAGGAAGAGGUCAGAGAAGAGCCUAAUAAGAUUAAACAGGAGAUUUCCUUUGUUCAGUUUGCUAAGAAUACUGUGAUCAAAAAGAGUUCAGAAGAGCCUGGUGUUCCCAACAGGAGAACCAAGACCAUAUACACUCCUCUAGAGGAACAGUUCAUGGAGAUAAAAAAACAGCAUGCGGACACAGUGCUUUGCGUUGAGUGUGGCUACAAGUACAGGUUCUUCGGUGAGGAUGCAGAGAUCGCUGCAAAGGAGCUCAAUAUCACUUGUCACUUGGACCAUAACUUCAUGAUGGCCAGCAUCCCUACUCAUCGCCUGUUCGUGCAUGUUCGGCGACUGGUCUCUCAGGGCUAUAAGGUAGGUGUAGUCAAGCAGACUGAAACUACAGCCAUCAAGGCCUCCGGCGCCAACAAGAGUUCUCUGUUCACACGGCAACUACAUGCACUUUACACCAAAUCUACGCUUGUGGGAGAAGAUGUGAAUCCUCUGCUAAAGCUGGGAGAUUUGGAGCAAGCUGAAGAUGUGGUGCAGGACAGUGGCAACAACUAUUUAAUGUGUGUGAGCGAGAGCUUUGAUAAACAGAGCAAGGAGCUCACUGUAGGGAUGGUGGUGGUCCAGCCGAGCAUUGGGGACCUGAUGGUGGACUGUUUCAAAGAUAACGUGUCCCAUUCAGAGCUGGAAUCAAGGGUACUAAAAAUACAACCGGUAGAGAUCCUGGUGCCUUCGGACCUUUCAGAAGCGACGGAGAGGUUAUUACGCAGCAUUGCUCUGUCCAGUGUUCAAGCAGAUGACCGAAUUCGCAUUGAGAAACGAGAAAGCUCCAUGUUUGAAUACCCAGCUGCAAUGAGAAUUAUCAGAGAUUUCUACAGAGACACCCCUCAUCCAGCUGUGGGAAACCAGGAAAAGGGUUCCUACUCCCUCUGUAUGGGUCUGGAGAGCCCCAUCAUCUGCUGUCUUGGUCCUGUGAUCCAGUAUCUGACUGAGUUUAAGCUAGAGAAGAUUUUACUGUGUUCCAGCUCGUUCAAGCGGCUGUCGAGUGACACUGACCAUAUGCAGCUCAGUGCUGCUACCAUGAAGAACCUGGAGAUCCUGUGCAACCAGACCACAGGUUCAGUAAAAGGCAGUCUGCUGUGGGUUCUGGAUCACACUCAAACUCCAUUUGGGAAGAGACUGUUAAGAAAGUGGGUGAGCCAGCCGCUGAAGUCUGUGAUUGAUAUCCAGGCUCGACAGGAGGCAGUAGCAGAAAUGUUGUCUUCUGAGUCCAGUGUCCUUCCCUCUCUCCAGUCUUUGCUAACUCGUCUACCUGACCUAGAGAGAGGACUUUGCAGUAUCUACCACAAAAAAUGCUCUACUCAGGAAUUUUACCUCAUCACCAGCACUCUCUCUCGCCUGAGUGCUGAGCUUCAAGCCCUCAUGCCUGCCAUCCAAUCACAGCUCAGCUCUGCCCUUCUAAAAAAUCUCCUAUUGGACACACCUCAGCUUCUAAGCCCCGCCCAAAACUUCUUAAAAGUACUGGAUGAGAAAGCUGCAAAGACAGGUAAUAAGACCGAGAUGUUUGUGGAUCUGACGGACUUCCCAGUGAUCCGAACCAGAAAAGAGGAAAUCCAGAGUGUCCUAUCAGACAUAAUGGAGCAUCGGCGAGAGAUUCGCCUGGUGUUAAAAAACCCUUCUUUGGACUACACCACAGUGUCUGGCCAGCAGUUUCUCAUUGAAGUAAAGAACAGUAUGUCAUCUAUAGUCCCGGCAGACUGGGUCAAAAUCAACAGCACUAAGAUUGUGGGCCGAUAUCACACUCCAUUCAUUGUGGAGAAACAUCGGCGCCUGCAGACACUACGAGAACAGCUGGUUAUUGACUGCAAUCAUGAGUGGAUCAACUUCCUUCAGUUAUUUGGGGACCAUUACUACAUCCUGAGGAAAGCAGUGUGUCACCUAGCAACCAUGGACUGCCUCUUCUCAUUGGCUCAGGUUGCUAAAGAAAAUAAUUACUGCAGGCCUGAGAUUCUCGAGGAUAAAAGUCAGAUUUUGAUCAUGGCAGGCAAGCAUCCGGUCAUCACCUCGCUGAUGGGAGUUGAGGAUCAAUAUGUCCCCAAUGACACUCAUUUACAGGGGGAUGGCAAGCGAGCCAUGAUCAUCACUGGACCCAACAUGGGUGGCAAGAGCUCUUACAUCCGACAGGUUGCUCUAGUGACAAUCAUGGCACAGCUGGGAUCCUUUGUUCCUGCCAGAGAGGCAUCGGUGGGCAUUAUAGACGCCAUAUAUGUCAGAAUGGGAGCGUCUGACAACAUCUCAAGGGGAAGAAGCACCUUUAUGGAGGAGCUUGUGGAAGCAUCAGAUAUUUUGGCUCGUGCCACCUGCCGUUCCCUGGUCAUCCUGGAUGAGCUUGGUCGAGGCACCAGCACUCACGACGGCAUCGCCAUCGCCUACGCUACCCUAGAGUCCUUCAUCAGAGACGUGAGGUGUAUGACAUUGUUUGUGACCCACUACCCUCCAUUGUGUGAGCUGGAGCACUUGUACCCGCAGCAUGUGGGGAACUACCACAUGGCUUUCCUGCUGAAUGAGCCAGAGAGCACUUCUGAUGAGGAGGAGGUGCAGCCAGAGUUCAUCACGUUUCUCUAUCAGCUGACUGAAGGCGCAGCCGCCAGGAGCUAUGGGCUAAAUGUAGCACGUCUGGCUGAAAUCCCAGAGUCCAUCCUCAGGACCGCUGCACUCAAAUCCAAAGAGCUGGAGGCUCUCGUGAACUGCCGGAGGAAAAUGGUGAGACUGUUAUCUGAUGCCUGGAGUAUCACCAACAAGGAAGCAUUGCUGGAUUGGAGAAAGUGUAGUCUCUAAUAAUAGCAUGGAGGUUUUUGCCUAUAGGAUGAUGUUUGCAAAAACCGUUAAACAAACAGGAACUGAAUAUCAUGUAUUUGAAUACAUCAUGUAUUUCAUCACCUGUUUUAACGGGAACUCAAAACAAUAGAUCUUACAACUAUGAAUGAUGUCUUACAUAGACACUCUCCAGGUGCUUUGGCCAGAAGCUUUGCUGGUAAUAUGCUGUAUUUGUGACCAUAGGAAAAAAUAAACUAAUGCACAUUUCUAAGAUUGUUAGUGUAAUGCUGUAUGUACAUUAAUUAAUCUAAAAAUAAAAAAUAAAAAUCUGUAAAUUGUG